AAUGCCUUUAAGUCUAAAAGAUAAAUAAAGUACGCCUAUUAUCGUUUCCCUCAGUGAGAAAUAGUAAUAAUAAGUCAAGAAUAUCAAAUACAAGUAACAAAAGAGUUGACAAUACAUUACCAGCGAU